CCUUCCACUUCCACCCACCAUCAACGAGCUCCGCGUUCCACAAAACCAGCUCCCCGCCAGACAAACGAGCUCCUGAUCUCGCGACCUCUCAGAUGCCACCAUGAAGAACACUCCGCUUAUCAUCAAUUGGCAUGACCAAAAUGCCCCGAUCUACUCAGCUCACUUCGAACCUCACGGCAAGGGACGUCUAGCAACAGCUGCUGGAGACAACAACGUCAGACUCUGGAAGAUCGAGGGGGAGGGCGAGGACAGAAGGGUUGAAUACUUAUCGACCUUGUCAAAGCAUACCCAGGCCGUCAAUGUCGUCCGAUGGGCUCCAAGAGGCGAGCUUCUUGCCUCCGCUGGCGACGACGGAAACGUAAUAUUAUGGGUUCCCUCAGACAACCAUCUCUCGUCCAACUUCGGCUCCGAUGGCUUGGAGGAAAACAAGGAAACUUGGCGGGCGAAACACAUGUGCCGGUCGUCGGGAGCCGAGAUAUAUGACCUCGCCUGGUCUCCCGAUGCGGCUUAUUUCAUUAUCGGCAGCAUGGAUAACAUAGCACGCAUCUACAAUGCCGGAACAGGAACCCUCGUCCGUCAAAUCGCCGAGCACAGUCAUUAUGUCCAAGGCGUCGCUUGGGACCCGUUGAACGAGUUCAUCGCAACGCAGUCGUCGGACCGCUCAGUCCAUGUCUACUCCCUUAGGACAAAGGACGGCCAGUAUACCCUCAACGGGCACGAUGACAAGCCGUCAAGGAUUGCAAGCCACAUGAAGACCGAUCUCCCUGCGAGACGGAUAUCUUCGCACAGUCCUGCGCCUCCUGAGAUGGGCUAUCGAUCUGCCCUUGCCGCCCUUGAUGCAAGCUCUGUCGCCUCUCCCGUCCCCUCAGCACCAGGCACACCGACCUCGAUUGCGCUACCCAUGAACCCCCCAAGCGUCAUCAGCCACUCGCGCAGGUCCUCGUUCUCUUCUCGGCGCUCCGUCUCACCUGCGCCCUCGAUGCCCCUGCCGGCCGUGAUGCCAAUGGAGGCCUCCCCGAAACCCCACUCGACGAGCGCCAGUCUUGGGUUCAAAAACGCCAGCCUGUACGCGAACGAGACGUUGACGUCUUUCUUCCGGCGUUUGACUUUUACCCCAGAUGGCAGCCUUCUGCUCACGCCUGCCGGCCAGUAUCAGACGCAGCAUCCGAAUGAGGGCGGAAAGCCAACGUACGAAGUUACUAACACCGUCUACAUCUACACCAGAGGCGGCAUCAACAAGGCCCCAGUUGCACAUCUUCCGGGGCACAAGAAACCGUCAGUAGCCGUGAGAUGUUCCCCGCUGUUCUACACCCUGAGACAGUCUCCGGUCGUCACAAAACACAUAACAAUCGACAGCUCGUCAGCUGAAGAUCCGAUACCCUCGUUACCGGAACCGCUCACCAAAGCGUCUCCUGCUCCCUCCUCUGUCAUGGACCCUCCGCCGCCUCCUCCCGCGACCGAGACAUCAACAUCCUCUUCCAAGAAUCCCAGCCUAGAUACGUCUGGCUCAGCGUCGGCACCUAAGCCUGCUAUCUCCUUGCCUUACCGGAUGGUCUAUGCCGUGGCAACCCAAGAUUCGGUGUUCCUGUACGACACACAGCAACAGACGCCGAUCUGCAUCGUUAGCAACCUGCAUUGCGCAACCUUCACGGACUUGGCUUGGUCGAGCGACGGCUUGACAUUGCUCGUAUCAUCUUCGGACGGAUUCUGCUCCACCCUUUCCUUCUCUCCGUCCGAGUUGGGCCAAAUCUACACUGGGGAGAUCGGUGCCCAGAAGGCAGCGUUGCCCGGCGCCACAUCUAUCCCGUCCAACCAGAACACGCCAGUGCCAACGCCCACCGCUGUUUUUGCCCCCCCUUCCCCUUUCCCCAGCGGCUCCCAUCAUCGGCAUCGGGACUCGGCCGGUUCUCUAGCAGCAGCCUCUCCGCCCUCGGCCUCGUUUGUCAGCCAACGAGCCUCGUCACCUGCUCGCUCCAACUCAGUAUCCUCUGUGGUAACCCAGUCAUCGACGGCGCAAGCCGGCGUCAUAAGCAACCCUUCCCUAAUCAUCGGGCAGGUCCCCAGCAUUGCCGCUACAAAUUCUGGCAAGGUCAUUGGGGUGCCUAUGACCACCCCGCCCGAGACCCCGCAGGGAUCGGUCUCUGGUGCUGGUGCGAAGAGGGAUACGAGUGAGAGUGAGCUUGACGAUCCCUCUGGCGGUCAACCAAAGAGGAGGAGGAUUGCACCGACGCUCGUCAGCGGCGGCGGCGGUAGUUCAACCGACAGCGGUGACCACAAGCCUUAGCCUGCCGACCUCGUGUACUGAGGUACAGGUCCGAAGGCUGUGGGGUGCAAUGUGUAAUAUAUCAGGAAAAGGGCGUUUUCUGUGGGCGCUCAGGAGGACAAAAAAAGGACUAUGGACACCAUUGCGGUUUUG